CAACUCUCCUCGAUCUGCAAUUUUAAUGCAAGGUCCGCUGCAGGCGCAAAGACAAAAAGGGCAAAGACCCCUGACCCUGGACGACAGGGUCACGGGAACGAAUUCUCUAUCGUCGUGACAAACGUCGACCCGUCAGCCAGGUCAGUCAGUCCAUGAUGCUUCAGUACCAAGCAGCCAAUGAUGGCAAAGAGAUAUCAGAACUUUGUUUGACAAAGUAGUAGCCUGUCGAGCUGGCAGUGCUCUUGACAACGGGUCAGAGGAGAGCGUAUCAACGGGGCGGUCUGAUGAAUCGAGCAUCGAAAAAGUUGAAACCAAGAAGUUGAGAUGGCCGACCUUGUGAGUCAAACUGGGGAUGUGGUCCACUUCCCACAAGGCGUUGGGCUCGCUCGAUGGAUGGCGCAAAACGGGGCAGCGACAGCUGGUUGUCGGGGUCAGGUGGUGCGAUUGUCACAACCUGUAAGUGAGACCUGCGGGUUGGGCCGUAAGUGCAAGAUUUUGGGUCAGUUCGCAUGGCACUGGCAUGGCAUGGUGUUUUGAUGGAUACCGAGGAUCCAUUUGAUUGAUUUAUGAGCCUCCCUCCAUAACUACCUAUGUAAACAAACAUGCCCCAAUUUCCAACACACGAGACCCUGCUGCAGUAACAUCUACAAUUCAUGUCCAAUACUUUACCUUGCCUGGCCUUAAUCCAUGAUCAAGUUCACGCGUCCCGAGUAUUACACGCAUUAUAUCCUCAAUUACAGGACCACUCGCCUACUGAGACGUACGGAUACUUGUUCGCGGCUCCAGUUACCUUGACAGGGCUGCCGUCGAGUUAGCCAUUCUCCCGGAAUUGCGUAUCAACAACAUCCUGUUUCCUUUGCUUUUUCGACAUUCCAUAUUUGCAUCCCGUAAACGCCUGUUCGGGAAUAUUCGCUCAUUACAAUCUCGGUCGUUUUCUUGCCGUCAACCCUCUUUUUCAUCAUUAUUCUUUCCUCUUAUAUCAUCUUCGUUCUAUCUCAUACAGUCUCACUUUGUCGACGACAAUUGAUUCACUCAACGGCUCCUUAUCGUCCGCCCCAUCCGCUUAACGUCAUCUUGUCCCUUACUGGGAUUCGUCAAUUUGUUCGCGUCUGGCCCCCGGCAAGCCUCAUCGUCCCUGGCUUCCUAAUUCGAGAAGUUCCUGCGUCCUCCCCAGCGUCCAAUGGUGUUCCACUGCUCCUAUUCUCCUGACAACCGCCCCCCGCCUGGUUCAACGCCCGCCCAGCUGUGCUAAGGAGCCCAGUCAACGUCUAUCCAAGUUAGGGGAUCUAGGGGCAUGCUACCGAACGCCUGCAGGGCUCUAUUUACGACGACGACCACUGAGCAAUUGGUGGACACUCCACCAAAAUCCACCCCGGCUGGCGCCAUACCCCAUGCGAAACUUGAUACACCACUAAGCCACCCACAAUCCACCUUGGACUCGCCUCUCUCUCCUUAUUCUGAUGACUGGCUUUCUCUUUCAAAUCUGCGUUGUCCAUCGUUGCUCGUUCGCUCUCUUCGAUGAUCACCGCCAUCUGACACAGUUACACCAUAGAGCGCUCACUACCAGAGCCGCUGUUGCUGCUGUAGCCGCUGCUAGAUUGCGGCGCCUCAGAGCCCGAAGAGCUCCAGCCACUCAUUUCCAUUCUCAGUUACAUUUCAAUUUGCAUAAACGCCGAAGAGUGCUCGGCCUCCGUUCCCUACUUUUCAAUAAGUCGAAUCCCUACGAGUUAAUAGGCAUGGCCUCGCAACAACAAGCUAUCCGUCGACGCUACUCAGUUGCCGACCGUCUGCCAGCGGAUUUAGUUCUUCCCACCACUCCAUCCAACUCAAAUUUUGAGACAGCCCCUAGUUCGACCAUUUCUGCUACUGCUUCUCCCACUGUCGGUGUCGCUGCGUCUGUCAACCCCAGGUACGCUCCUGUUCGUGACCUGGCUCAGGGGUCCAACCCGAGACACCUGAAUUCCUCCUCACACAACCGCCACGGCAGCAUGACUUCAACAGCAGCAAUGCCUUCCCGACCGGCUUCAAAGGACGAGAGCGUUCCUUUCAGACGUGGCCACGCUCGUGCCAAGUCUAGUGUAUCCAGCAUGAACCGCCAGGUCAAUCGACUCUCUUUGACGCUUCCAAUUGCACCCCCUACAAGCGACCCUUCCCGACCAACACCGACUUCUGCUUCCAUGUCAUCAGUCCCCCCAACACCAAUCGAAUCUGGCAUUGCCACUCCUGCUGACGCAAAUGAGUUUAUCAUCGCAAUUGCUGCUCAGGAGAGACGUGUGCUCGAAUUGCGUGAGGAAUUGUCGCGUGCCGAGGCAGAUCUAACGUUGCUCAAGAAGAAAUGGACCGCACAAGAGAAGAAGGGCGACACCAUCCCUCUUGAGGCAUUUCGCAGUCCCAUUUUGUCUUCAGAAGAUGAUGCUGCAUCUAUCCGGCGAAGUGUCGACUCAGAUCGCAGGAAAUUGUUACAGCAGACUCAGAACCCAGCGACUCCCAACCGAAGAAGGGUCCUCCGUGGCGGGCAUACAAGAACCCUAUCUCUGCUAUCGCCGGCGAAACCAGACGCAGGAUUCUCAUUAUACCAGGAUCGCGAUCACGAGCACGAGCAAGUGAAAUUACCUUCGAUAGAGCGCAGGACCGCUCAAUUAACAAACCCUCAUUUAUCUAAGCGUGCCUCGUGGCAGCCACGCACACAACAAAACGGCCCGGCUGUUCCACAGAUUGUCGAGGACUUUAAGUUGGGCCUCAGGGCUUUUGUCGAGGACAUACGCCAGAUUACAGUUGGGGAUGAGCCUAUCAAUGGUCAGCCCAUUCGUUCCAACAGUGUCAACGAACGCGGCGAAGCCAAUCGAAACCAGGAUACCAUACGACCGAAUCGUCCGCUACGGCCCAAAGUGAGCACAGUAUUUGAACCACCUCACAACAACUCGGAUACAACUGAGACCAAAUCCUCGACCUCGACAAGCACAGCAUCGAAAAGGCCCGAACUGCCUGCUCGGAGCAAAACAAAGUCCAAGAACAAGUCUUUCUCUUGGCAGCCUCUUGGAUUUGAUUCGAUGGAUGAUAACGACUGGUCUAAUUGGGAAUCUCCGGCCUCAUCUUCCAAGACGUCUCGCUGGAGUGGAUCUACUAUUGGCAGCGGUGGACUGGACGAUAUGUCUGCUACUUCAGAUGAGGGAGAACCUGCGGACUCACCCUCGUAAGUCACUUGGCAUUGGAAUUGAGAUGAAUUGUAAGUGAAGAUGCUAACCUGGCAUAGUAAGAAGAAGUCGACCGGCUACGAAACCCCUUUGCUCUCUCCCAAGCUAGAAGAGCUUCUACCCAAUAUCGUCAACCAGUUCUCGCCCAGUAACAUCAAACGCACCGCGACAACCCUGAUGGAUGAGUGGGAGAAGUCCCUGACGGACCCCAACUAUCCUCAUCAGACACAAAACAAGGAAAACACCGCUUAGACAAUCUUUGCCCCGACUUUUCGCAGCGCAUCUAUAUUAUGUUGAACAUACUUUUGAAGCGAUUUGCACACAUUUCUUUACAUAAAAAUGGCAAGGCGUACACAGUUUCGGUAUCACAGACCGGUAUUUGAUGACGAAGAAAGAAAAAGAGGCUCGGCUGCCCCUGAUGGAGUUUGCAAGUAAUGGAUCCCAUUUCGUUGCGCGUUGUUGGCACUCUUGGAAGGGCUUGUUUGAAUCUCAUAUUGCGAGAGUUAUUUUGCUAUUUCUGUUGGUUGUAUCUCUUCUUGUAUGGCUUGUGUGUCGGUUAUUUGGACGUAUCGUCUGAGAAUCUGUGCACAUGCAAUUUGGGUUUUUGGUGUUAUUUAGGAUUAUGAUAGUGAGACGACCCUCAUGAGUGACGACUAGGGAACCGUCACAUUCUAAGUCAAUUCGUAGUUUAUUAAAUCUUUGAAACAUUGCUCAUCUUUCCAUGACUUAAACGACAGGCAA